GGGGGGGGCACACACAUGGGUGACCGGGUAUCCUUCCCUACCCUUAUGUCCCCCAUGGGGAUGACUCCCACAUCUCAGCCUCCCCCCCAGCUCCAGCCCCCCACCCAGGUGGCCCCCCCCCCCCGCUGCUGUGCGUGGGGUGACCCCCCCCAGUGUCCGUGGGGUGCUGGCAUGGGUGACACUGGGGUGGUGACAUGGGUGGCCCUGGGCAUGUGGGUGUGGGUUACCCAUUAACCAGUGGCGCGGACAUAAAGGGAUCCCCCCUGCCCCGUGUCCCCGUCGCCGACCCCCCCGCAGCCAUGGGGCCUCGGGUGCUGCCCCUCAUCCUCCUGCUGCUGCACGUGGCCCCCGCCCCCGCACAGAUGGUGACGAUGGUGACACCGGCGGUGCUGCGGCUGGAGACGGAUGAGCAGGUGGUGCUGGAGGCACCGGGGCUGUCGGCGCCCACCGAGGCCACCAUCCUGGUCCAGGACUUUCCCCAGAAGCGCCAGGUGCUCCACCAGGUCCGCAGGCAGCUAAACGCCACCCACGGCAUGAUGACCACUGCCACCAUCAAGGUGCUGGCCAAGCUGCUGCCGUCAGUGGUGGGGAAGCAGUACGUGACGGUGACGGCACGCGUGGGCCAGGUGACUGUGGAGAAGGUGCUGCUGGUGUCACUGCAGAGCGGCCACAUCUUCCUGCAGACCGACAAGCCCAUCUACACCCCUGGCUCCACCGUGCUCUGCCGUCUCUUUGCCCUGAGCCACUUCAUGGAGCCGGUGCUCAAGACGGUGAUUGUGGAGAUCAAGACGCCCGACAACGUCAUCAUCAAGCAAGUGCCCGUGUCCUCCCCCAUGAAGAAUGGGAUCUUCUCCCUCAACCACAAUUUGCCCGAGGUUAUCAGCCUGGGGACGUGGACCAUCAUGGCCAAAUUUGAGGACUCACAGGAACAGGUCUUCAGCACCCAAUUCGAAGUCAAGGAGUAUGUGCUGCCGAGCUUUGAGGUGACCCUGGAGCCCGAGGAGAAGUUCCUCUACAUCGACAGGAAGGAGAAUUUCCGGGUGUCCAUCACAGCCAAGUACCUCUAUGGGAAACGCCUGACGGGGACAGCCUUCGUCCUCUUUGGCGUUAUGGUGGAAGACGAGAAGAAGAGCAUCCCCCAGUCCCUGCAGCGCAUCCAGGUGAUUGAUGGGGACGGGGAGGCUUCACUCUCCAUGGGCAUGCUGCGGCAGCGAUUCGUCAACAUCCAGGAGCUGGUGGGACACUCGCUCUACGUCACUGUCACUGUCCUCACCGAGUCGGGCAGUGACAUGGUGGAGGCGCAGCGCACUGGUAUCCACAUCGUGACGUCCCCAUACACCAUCCACUUCACCCACACCCCCAAGUACUUCAAGCCGGGGAUGCCCUUUGACCUGACGGUCUAUGUCACCAAUCCUGACAACUCCCCAGCUCCGCGUGUCCGCGUCAAGGCCCAAAACUUCCAGGGCCUCGUCUCCACCCAGCGUGAUGGCACCGCCAAGCUGGUCCUCAACAUGCCAGCCAACAAGGACUCUGUCACCAUCACCGUCACUACAGACCAGACAGACCUGCUGCCCGACCGCCAGGCCUCGCAGGAGAUGACUGCCAAGGCAUACAAGAGCCAAGGUGGCUCCGGCAACUUCCUCCACCUGGCUGUAGGGUCCAGCGAGGUGCAGCCUGGUGACAACCUCCCCGUGAAUUUCCACCUCAAGAGCAACAGUGAUGCCGUCCGCAAAUCCGUUUCCUACUUCACCUACCUGAUCCUGAACAAGGGGCACAUCGUCCAUGUGGGGAGGCAGCCACGUGAAGGUGACCAAAGCCUGGUCACCAUGUCACUGCCGGUGACGGCCAACCUCAUCCCUUCCUUCCGCAUCGUGGCCUACUACUUCGUGAUGCCAAACGAGAUCGUUGCUGACUCCGUCUGGGUUGACGUCAAGGACACCUGCAUGGGCAGUCUGGUAGUGAAGGGAGCGACAGAAGCUGACAGCCGGGUGCAUGAGCCUGGGACACCCAUGCGGCUGCGCAUCGAGGGUGACCAUAAGGCCCAUGUGGGGCUGGUGGCUGUGGACAAGGCUGUCUUCGUCCUCAGCAAGAAGAACAAGUUCACCCAGACCAAGGUUUGGGACACGGUGGAGAAGAGUGAUAUCGGCUGCACCGCCGGCAGCGGGAGGGAUCAUAUCGGUGUCUUCGCGGAUGCUGGCCUCAGCCUGGCCUCCAACAUGAAUAUCAACACGCCACAGAGAUCUGAUGUCCACUGUGAAAAGCCUGCGAAACGCAAGCGCCGCAGCCUGCAGCUCAUUGAGUACAAAGGCCAAAAGGCGGCCGAGUACACCGACAAGAAUCUGCGCAAGUGCUGUGAGGAUGGCAUGAAGGAGAACCUCAUGGGCUACAGCUGCGAGAAACGGGCCACCUACAUCCUGGACGGCAAUGCCUGUACCCAGGCCUUCCUCAACUGCUGCACCUACAUCAAGGGCAUCCGUGACCAGAAGCAGCGCGAGUCCCAUCUCGAGCUGGCUCGAAGCGAGAUGGACGGUGGCUUCCUGGAUGAUGAAGACAUCACCUCACGGAGCCUCUUCCCAGAGAGCUGGCUGUGGCGGGUGGAGGAGCUGACAGAGCCGCCCAAUGAACUGGGCAUCUCUACGAAAAUACUGCCUGUAUACCUGAAGGACUCCAUCACCACCUGGGAGGUCCUGGCUGUCAGCCUCUCUAAGAAAAAGGGGCUGUGCGUUGCUGACCCCUAUGAGAUCACAGUGAUGAAGGAGUUCUUCAUCGACCUGCGCCUGCCCUACUCGGUGGUAAGGAAUGAGCAGGUGGAGAUCCGUGCCAUACUCUACAACUACUGGAAGAACAAGAUCAAGGUACGCGUGGAGCUGAUGUACAACCCAGCCCUGUGCAGCGCCUCCACCUCCAAGGCUCGCUACCAGCAGAUCUUCGAGCUGGAAGCCCAGUCGUCGCGUGCUGUGCCCUUCGUCAUUGUGCCCUUGCAGCUGGGGCAGCACGAAGUCGAGGUGAAGGCAGCUGUCUGGGGCAGUUUUGUGUCUGAUGGUGUCAAGAAGAAGCUCAAAGUCGUGCCUGAAGGGAUGAGGCUGGAGAAGACAGUGCAGAUAGUUGAGCUGGACCCAAAGACGAGAGGACACGGCAACCCUGUGUCCAUCAUGGUGGAGAAAGCCAUCGAUGGGGAGAAGCUGAAGCACCUCAUUGUGACGCCGUCAGGCUGCGGGGAACAGAACAUGAUUGGGAUGACACCCACCGUCAUUGCCGUCCACUACCUGGACAACACGAACCAGUGGGAGAGCUUCGGCGUUGACCGCCGCACCGAGUCCAUCGCCUUGAUUAGAAAGGGUUACACCCAACAACUCGCUUUCCGGAAAGAAGACAGCUCCUAUGCUGCCUUCACCAACCGCCCAUCCAGCACCUGGUUGACAGCCUACGUGGCCAAGGUCUUUGCCAUGGCCAUCAAGAUAGUGGACAUCGAGCCAGAGGUGGUUUGUGGGGCUGUCAAAUGGCUCAUCCUGGAGAAGCAGAAGCCGGAUGGGAUCUUCCAAGAAGAUGCUCCUGUCAUCCAUAAGGAGAUGGUGGGAGGCUACGAGGGUGCCGAGCCAGAGGUGUCACUGACAGCAUUUGUCCUCAUCGCGCUGCAGGAAGCCCGGCAGAUCUGCAAGGACCACGUCAAAAGCUUGGACGGGAGCAUCAACAAAGCCUCCGAAUACCUUGCCCGGAGGUACCAAUCGCUGGCCCGACCCUACACAGUGGCCCUGACCUCCUACGCCCUAGCCCUGACAGGGAAACUCAACAAUGAGAAAGUUCUCAUGAAGAGCUCCAAAGGCGGCAUCCGCUGGGUGGAACGUAACGCCCACACCUACAACAUCGAGGGGACGUCCUAUGCCCUGCUGGCCCUGCUGUACAUGGAGAAGACGGAGCUGACAGGACCGGUGGUCCAGUGGCUGUCCCAGCAGAACUACUUCGGUGGUGGCUACGGAUCCACGCAGGCCACCAUCAUGGUGUUCCAGGCGCUGGCCCAGUACCAGGUGUCGAUGCCACGGCAGCUUAAGCUCAACCUCGACGUGUCAGUGCUGCUGCCGCGCCGUGCCAACGCUAUCACCUACCGCAUCGAGAACAGCAACGCCCUGGUGGCACGCUCUGCUGAGACCAAGCUGAACGAGGACUUCACGGUGAAAGCUGAGGGCACGGGCAAGGGGACAAUGACGGUGGUGACCGUCUACAACGCCAAGGUCCCCGAGAAGGACAACAAGUGUGACAACUUUGACCUGCGGGUGGACGUGGAGGACGUGAAGAUGGGCAAGGAGCCGGAGGGCAUCAUCCGCUCUGUCAAGAUCACCAUCUGCACCAGGUACCUGGACAACGUGGAUGCCACCAUGUCCAUCAUUGAUGUCUCCAUGCUCACGGGCUUCUCCCCGGACAUCCAGGACCUGAAGAGACUCUCGGAGAGCGUGGAAAGGUACAUUUCCAAGUUCGAGAUCAACCAAGUACUGUCGGACCGCAGCAACCUCGUCAUCUACCUCGACAAGGUGUCCCACCAGGUUGAGGAGUGCAUUGCCUUCAGGGCUCACCAGCAGUUCCAGGUGGGCCUGAUCCAGCCCGCGUCCGUCACCGUCUACAGCUACUACAAGAUCGAUGACCGCUGCACCCGUUUCUACCACCCGGACAAGGAUGGUGGGCAACUGAAGAAGAUCUGCUAUGGGGACGUGUGCCGCUGUGCUGAAGAAAACUGCUUUGUGCGGCAGCAGCAGGACAGCCCCAUCACGGUCAACCAGCGCAUUGAGCGUGCCUGCGAGCCAGGGGUUGACUAUGUGUACAAGGUGAAGCUGGUGGAAAUGGAGCAGACAUCAUCUCAUGACAACUACAUCAUGACUAUCCUCUCCGUCAUCAAGAUGGGCACCGAUGAAGACCCAAGUGGAAGCAACCGGACCUUCGUGAGCCAUCAGCAGUGCCGGGACGCUCUGAAGCUCCAGCCUGACCAGGACUAUUUGGUCUGGGGGCUGGCCUCCGACCUGUGGGUCACCGGCACUCGCUUCUCCUACCUCAUCGGCAAGGACACGUGGCUGGAGACGUGGCCGUCGGAGGUGGCCUGCCAGGACCCCGAGCUGCAGCCCCUCUGCCAGGACUUCAUUGAAUUCUCCGAGGCCAUGACCAUAUUUGGGUGCCCCUCCUGAGCGGGUGCUCCCCACCCAUGGGUGCCCCCACCCUCCUGUCCCCUGUUACUCUCUUUUUCUGGGGGGGGAGUUAAAAAUGUCCUUUCUCACA